CCCUGACAUACACAUGUAUACAUCGCGACACACACCCUGACAUACACAUGUAUACAUCGCGACACACACCCUGACAUACACAUGUAAACAUCGCGACACACACCCUGACAUACACAUGUAUACAUCGCGACACACACCCUGACAUACACAUGUAAACAUCGCGACACACACCCUGACAUACACAUGUAAACAUCGCGACACACACCCUGACAUACACACGCGACCCUCCAGGUAGUGAUGUCGUUAGCGGUGCAUGUCCGUCGCCACCUGCGGCGCUUCCUCCUCCUCCUCGCAUCUGGCUCCCUGCUAGGCUCCGCCUACUUCCUAUUCUCUCACUCCGCCCCCACUCUACAGCACAACCAAUCAGGAGAGCACGUUGCUGUGGCGUGCCCCCUGCCCUUUCCAACUCCCUACAGAUCCCCCAACACACACACCGACAGACGAUCCGACCGGGACACGCACACCGACAGACGAUCCGACCGGGACACACACACCGACAGACGAUCCGACCGGGACACACACACCGACAGACGAUCCGACCGGGACACACACAGCGACAGACGAUCCGACCGGGAAACACACACCGACAGACGAUCUGACCCCGACACACACACUGAUAAACACCACGACACACACACUGAUAAACACUCCGACAGACGAUCCGACAGUGACACAGAACACCCCAACACACACACUGAUAAACACCCCGACACACACACCGACAGACGAUCCGACCGUGACACACACACCGACAGACGAUCCGACCGCGACACGCAGCCCCGACCCUCAGUCGACCCAGUAGUAUUGGUACUAGUAGAAUCACAGUAUAGCCAGUUAGGACAGGACAUAGUCACCAUCCUGGAGUCAGCCAGGUACCCCUUCACAACAGAGAUCACCCCGGGGAAGGGAGACCUGCCUCCUCUCACUGACCAGGGGCGUGGUCGCUACAUCCUGGUCAUCUACGAGAGUCUGUUGAAGUACGCCCACACUGACCCCUGGAACAGACAGCUGCUACACCAGUACUGUCUCCGUUAUCGAGUCGGCAUCAUCACCUUCCACAGAGCCAAUCAGAACUCUCCGCCCCUGCUGAAUCUCCGGGGUCUUCCCCUGCUGCUACGGACCAAUCAGGCGCUCCGAGACGCCUCUGUGAUGUCACGUUCGCCCCUCCUCCACCUGACGCGGGCUGAGACGGACCGUGGACCACUCCCUGGUGAUGACUGGACCACAUUCUCCUCCAACCACUCCUCCUACCAGGCUGUUGUCCAGGCACGGCCCAGGGAGGGAGGCCCCGGAGUGGGCAGCGGAGAUAAUCCAGUCCCUGGUUUCAGUCGGGGCCUACGGGCUACGGUGGUGUUGGAUGCGGGGCUUUUUGACGGUGUUCAGAGGGUCAUCUUUGGACACGGCCUGGGCUACUGGCUACACAGGCUCCUACUGGUGGACGCUAUCACUUACCUCACGGACAGGAAGUUGUCGUUGGGGCUAGAGCGUCACAUCCUGGUGGAUAUAGACGACAUCUUUGUUGGGAAGGAAGGAACACGCAUGAACACCAAGGAUGUUAAGGCCCUCCUGGACACCCAGAACCAGCUGAGAUCUCAAAUCACCAACUUCACCUUUAAUCUGGGCUUCUCUGGAAAGUUCUACCAUACAGGUACAGAUGAAGAGGAUGAGGGGGAUGAUGUGCUGCUCGGUUCUGUAUCAGAGUUCUGGUGGUUCCCUCACAUGUACAGCCACAUGCAGCCACACCUCUUCAACAACCUCACCUCUCUGCUGGAGCAGAUGGUCCUUAACAAGGACUUCGCUCUGGAUCAUGGUAUUCCAGUAGACCAGGGUUAUGCUGUUGCUCCCCACCAUUCAGGAGUCUACCCUGUUCAUCUCCAGCUGUAUGAGACGUGGAGGAAGGUGUGGAACAUCAGGGUUACAUCUACUGAGGAAUACCCUCACCUCAAACCUGCUAGAUACCGCAAAGGAUUCAUACACAAUGAUAUUAUGGUGCUGCCGCGUCAGACGUGUGGAUUGUUCACACACACCAUUUACUAUAAGGACUAUCCUGGAGGACCUAAGGAACUGGACAACAGCAUCAUGGGAGGAGAACUGUUCCUGACUGUCCUACUGAACCCAAUCAGUGUGUUUAUGACCCACCUGUCAAACUACGGCAAUGAUCGUCUGGGUCUAUACACAUUCCUCCACCUGGCUGACUUCCUCUCUACCUGGACACACCUCCAGCUAGACACUCUACCUCCUCUGCAGCUGGCCCAGAGAUACUUCACCCUGUUCCCACAGCAGAGACAGCCUCUCUGGCAGAACCCAUGUGAUGACAAGAGGCACAGAGACAUCUGGUCCAAGGAGAAGACCUGUGAUAGGCUGCCCAAGGCUCUUGUUAUCGGACCACAGAAGACAGGAACAACAGAGCUCUGCCUCUUCCUCCUGAUGCAUCCUUCCAUCUCUAGCAGCUUCCCCAGCAACAAGACGUAUGGAGAGGUCCAGUUCUUCAACACCAACAACUACCACCAGGGAAUAGACUGGUAUAUGGAGUUGUUCCCGUCUAACGUCACCAGUGACUUCCUGUUUGAGAAGAGCUCCGCCUACUUCCCCUCUGAAGACGCUCCUCGCCGCGCCGCCGCCCUGCUGCCUAAAGCCAAGAUACUGACCGUGCUGAUCAACCCCUCAGACAGGGCUUAUAGCUGGUACCAGCACCAGAAGGCUCAUGAGGAACGCACCGGGUCGAUGCUCUCCUUCUAUGAUGUCAUCAGCGCUCAACGUGGGGCGCCGUCCAACAUCCGAUCACUACAGAACCUCUGUCUCACCCCGGGACUCUACAAUACACACCUAGAGAGAUGGCUAACACACUACCCUGUUGACCAGCUGAUGGUUAUAGAUGGACAGCAGUUGAGGAGAGAUCCAGCUGCAGUGAUGGAGGAGGUCCAGAAGGUCCUGGGAAUUACUCACUACAACUACACACAGACUCUACGGUUUGACCAGCAGACGGGUUUGUGGUGUCAGCUUUUAGAUGGGGGGAAGACUAAGUGUUUGUGGAGUAAAGGAUUGGAGUAUCCUCCUAUGGAACCAGAGGCACGGUCCUACCUGUCCAGGUAUUAUAGGGAACACAACAUAGACCUGUCCAAGCUGCUCCACCGGCUGGGUCAGCCUCUCCCCUCCUGGCUGAGAGAGGAACUACAGAAGGUCAGCUAACAGGGUUAGAGGUCAGAGUUCAGGGGACAUCGGCUGGGUCAGCCUCUCCCCUCCUGGCUGAGAGAGGAACUACAGAAGGUCAGAUAACCUCUAACCCUACCAGCAGCCCAGGUUCAUAGGUCAGGUGUUAAAGGUCAGGGACCAUUAAGAGGAAGAGGGCGUGACCUUUCUGUGACCUCCCAACCCCGUGGUGAACCUGAGGAUGGAAGAGAGACUAUGAACAAUAAACUCUGUCCUGGCUUGACCUCACAGAGGAGAAGAGAUACUAGAUCACUGAUAUCUGGAUGGAUAACUGGAUAUCUUGGUCUCUGAACUCAGAGAGAUUGGAGGGAUGACUGACCUCUGGAACAGAACUGUGUUUCAGUUAAUGGACUGGAGAGAGACCUAUAGCCCAUUCUCCAUCCACCUCCCUCUCUUCUUCUCUCUCUCCAUCCACCUCCCUCUCUUCUUCUCUCUCUUCAUCCACCUCCCUCUCUUCUUCUCUCUUUCCAUCCCUCCUCUGCCACUCUCCAUCAUUCUCCCUCUACGCCAUCUUGAACACAGACACACGGUGGAACCUCAAUAUUGUUCUGUCCCAAGGAUCCAAAGACCUGAUGGUCUGUAGUUGUGGAUCUAGAAUGGAACUGGAACAUGGCAGACCCUGGAGCUAACACCACCACCACGACCAGACACCACCACCACGACCAGACACCACCACCACGACCAGACACCACCACCACGACCAGACACCACCACCACGACCAGACACC